AUGGCCACCCCCCGCAGGUCCUUGGACGUCGAUUCGUCGCGCGCGCCGUCUGCAACGGCCCAGAAUGGCCCUUCACAGAGGACAUUCAGAAGAAUGGUCCAGGAUACACUCAGGGUCACUGGUUUAUCCCGCCAACGGAACCCAGACACGGCGACGGUCGCUGACCGCACUGGGCCAUUGCACCUCGCCGCUGCCGCUGCUGGCAGUAGCACCGACAAGGACAAGCAAAAGGACAAAAAGCCAAAAGAUGACAGCAAACGCGGUCUCAAAGUUACAUUUACGCGCAAACCCAAGCUUUCCAUUUCAGGCCGAGGAGACACUGUAGAUCCAAAGGAGGAGGAUCGACCUUUUAUGGGCUCGUUGAGACAAGCAAGCAUGUCUUCACCUGUACUCCCUCUGUUUUCCAAUCCGUUUGCUCUUCCGGCAGAUUCCCCGGCUGCUUCGACUUCGAAUCAUGCGACGAAUAACUCUCCUCUCCGACCCCGCGCAUCUACCAGACGCUCGUCAACGUCGAGGGACAAAGAACGAGAACCUAUCAAUCCCUCGCAAAUCUCCAGACCACGUGUGCUUGCUCCGGCAGCGUCGCCGACGACGCCUACGUCUGCGACUGGCUCUCGCGGCAUUUCGCCUUCACCCCAGCGGAACCGUAGUCCACCUCCGAAGCUCACCCGUUUCCCUUCAAUAUCUACAUCUCAUAUCCCAACUUCACCUCCGACGCAGCGCGCAAUCUCCCCCGGUUACCACAGUCGUAACACAAGCACGACUUCACUCACUUCACCUUCUCCUUAUCGCGAGAUUAUCCGCACAGCCUCUUCUCUGUUGAUAAAGCACCUCUCACGACCCCCACCGCCGCUUCGGCAACAAGAUUGGCAGGAUGUCGAAGUCCGGCUACGUGCGCUCAGCCGACUCGAGCGCAUAUGGGGCAGGAGUGGCGGUGGAUCAUCGGCAACUGCCGUGGGAUCUGGUUCCGGGUUUGGCGGAGGAGAAGAUCGUGAGCGAAGGCUGUUCUGUGAAGCCGUGAGAGAUGGUUAUGUGCUCUGCGCCUUGCUCAACAAGUUUAGGCCAGGCACUGUGGCACGCCCAGACCCCAAAGAGGACGGGUUCACAAAGACUUCCAACAUUACAAAGUUUCUCGCUGGUGCUCUACACUAUGGAGUCUCCAACUCGGACCUCUUCUUUCGGAAUGACAUGCUCGAGGCGUCGGGCGAGUCCCUGGCAAGAGUCGCACAGACGAUUGUCGCACUUGUCAAGCUGGGUGAGCCAGCUCUCCCGCCUCAUGGAUCAUCACGGGGACUCUACAUGUCGAUACGUGAUGGCUCGGCCUCGUCUCCAAACUUGCUCGAUUCGGGCCAACAGCGCUCAUCGUCGGUGAAUCGCCCAGGCCGCUCAAAACGUUAUUCGCCCCCCUCUGCACUCCCUCCUGUUCCAGGCUCUUCGCAAGGAAGACCACCUUCCUCACAAGAAACAAGACAGAACAGGGCCAACUCUCUGACGCCUUCGCCCAUAGACUUUGCCGAAACGGUUCGCUCCAACUCCCCACAAGUGCCCCCUCGAUCACCGCUGCGGCCUAGCUUAUCAUCUCGAGCGUCAUUGAACAGCAGCAUCACCGACUCGACUGCUGGCUUUUCCAUGCUGGACAAUCGGUCAUCUGCACGGUUCGGGACAGUGCGCACCACCACGACUAUGGCGACUUCUAUUCAUCCACCAGAGAAUGCCUCAGUGGCCUUGUUAAGGCAAGAGUCCAAAUUGUCUCAUUCUGAGCCCGCCGAAGAGGCGCAACCGGUCAUUGGCUAUCAGACUCAGUUUACGGAACUGCCAACGACGUCACGAAGACGGUCCUACGACCGCGACGCGUCUGCAGCGCGUUUGGCCCAGGCCAUUUCGCAAUCCCCGACGACAGAAUCGGGACCUCUGCGCCAGUGGCGUGAGAGGCGGUCUAGCGAAUUGCCUUCCAACGACCUGUCAAAUGUGGAAGAGGUGGAUGAAAUGGGAACCCGACGAGGUCGUCAAUUUGUAGAGGUUGCGACUGCCUUUUCCUCAUUGGACCCCACCUCCACCGCUUCUGCAGCUACCCCAGCAAGAGGGCCGUCGUUUGACCGACCACGUCUCUCAUUUGAGAUACCACCACAGGGAGAGGUCGACUUGUCCUCUUCUCCUCCCAGGCCUAAGGCUGGCCUGCCCAUGAGACGCCCCGUGCACGGUCAUCGCCAUAGUGUGGAUACUGUCACAACGUCUCCCAUGCCAAUUCUCAUCCCAAGACACUCUUCUCUCAGCAAAGAGCGUGAGAGACAGCCUAGUCCGUCUUCGAGUCGCGAGUCGACGACGCCAUCUCCCCCAGGCGGCGGAAUCAGGCCAGCUAUAGCACCCAGGAGGAGUUCCUCUAGAGUUUCGCCUCGGGGAUCGUAUGUGCCCAAAAUUAAUGGUAUUGACGACCCUAGGGCGCUUCGACGAAAGCACUCAACGGAAAGUGACCAAAUCGAGACGACGCCAACAUCGCCAGGUAUGCCGCGUGUACCAUUUCCUCGGACGACGUCCGGCGACUUCGCACCUGCGAUAUCUGGCACUACGGCGGGCGUGUCUCGAUUGGCCGCGCUUCCAGUCUCGUCUUCUGGCGAUCUGGGUGGUCAUGAGGAGGCGUCGACCGCCAAUGGCAAUCCCGGCAGUCCACGACGCGCUUCUGGUUCCUCAAACGCCGUACGCCCGAUUCAACGCGUACGGUAUAAUUCAGAGCUGGACACGACGGGGACGCGAACGGCGCGCAAGCAUCGGCCUACCUCGCUCGAUGAACCGGGUGCUGGCAUACGUCCUGGACGAUCUCGGUUCGAGAGCAUGAUGAAUCUUGGGUCGGUUGGGGAUACGAAUUCUACAGAGUCAUCCCUCAGUGUCAAUGCCAUUCGGCAGCCACUCGUGGUGCGCGAAGAGGGCAAGCCCCCGAUGCACUAUCAAAUUGGCAAUGGGAUCGGCCGCGGGCAAUUCGGGGCAGUCUACCGUGCGCUCAAUCUCAACACUGGGCAGAUGGUCGCAGUCAAGCGGAUCAGUCUUCAAGGUCUCUCCGAAGAUGAGAUUUCGAAUUUGAUGAAGGAGGUCGACGUUCUCAAGCGGCUCUCACACCCAAGCAUUGUCAAGUACGAAGGCAUGGUCCGAUCUACGGAUACUCUUAGUAUUGUAUUGGAGUAUGUGGAGAACGGCUCGCUGGGCCAAACCCUGAAGGCCUUUGGCAAACUCAACGAACGGCUCGUCGCGAGCUACGUGACCAAGAUUCUAGAGGGGCUUCAUUAUCUCCAUACUUCUCACGUCGUCCAUUGCGACCUCAAGGCUGCCAACAUUUUGACCACCAAGAACGGCAACGUCAAGCUUUCCGAUUUUGGCGUCUCGCUCAACUUGAAUGCCAAGGCCCUGGAAGAGAUCAAGAACGACGUCGCAGGGACUCCAAACUGGAUGGCUCCCGAGGUGAUCGAACUCAAGGGAGCCUCGACGGCAUCCGACAUCUGGUCUCUCGGAUGUACUGCCAUCGAAUUGCUGACAGGUCACCCUCCGUACCACGAAAUUGGCAAUGGCAUGUCAGUCAUGUUCAAGAUCGUCGAUGAUGAUAUCCCGCCCAUUCCAGACGUGUGCAGUCCACUCAUGAAGGAAUUUUUGAAGCAGUGCUUCAAGAAAGACCCGGCGCAACGUCCCAGCGCCGAGACACUGUUUGAGCACCCCUGGCUCAAGACGGCAUGGGGAGAACAUAGGGAGCUCCGCCCUCAAGAUAGUAUACCCUUUCUCCGCCGAGUCAGUGUCGAGCUUGCAAGAUCAGAAGCUACCAGAAGUCUAUCGCUUGACACCAAGAGUGUGGCACCGUCUGAAUCGUUCAGUGCCGAUGGUGGCCUCAAGCCUUCGAGCACGACUCCCCAGGUUGGCAUUCCGAUCCCGCUUACCCCACUCUCCCCCGACUCGUCGGAAGGACCCACUCGACCGCACUCGUUUAUCAAGACGACCUUUGGCCGAGCGGUCCUUUGUAGGGUGUGCCACCAAUCUGUAAAGAGAAGCGCGGUAUUGUGCGAAGACUGCGGUCUCAUUGCACACGCCCGAUGCGCCGCGGAUGCUCCGCCGAGCUGCGAUAUACGGGCCCAACUCCUGUUAUACUCGCAAUACUCUCAGGCAAGCAACUCGCAAGAGCUCGCAUCUCCCGUACGAGAGAGUGCCUCGCCUGCCUCAUCGCCCAUUGCCAUUCCUCCGAGUCCGGGCAUGCGGCCUCGCGCUCGACGGCAAUCAGACGCCACAUUCUCCAGUUCUCCAAAGCUUUCGGAACGAUUACUUCCUUGGAAGCGGUCCAAUAAGGUGGCCGAGCCGGCAUCCCCCCCUGCGCCCACCCUGAGUAGUUCGCCCGCUGCAUAUCACCCACCACGUGAUGAAGCGACGACACCUACUCCAAUGAGGCCGUUAGGAAAGGGACCUCUCUCAGCGAAUGGCGUUGGCCCAAGCGCUAGCAGCGGAGCCGUCCUAUCGACAUCGCCCGAAAAGCUCCGCAAACGUUCGAGGUUGAGCUUUUCGAGCAAUGCCAAUACGGAUAGCGUGCGUAGCAUGGUCACGGCUGCUGAGACGGUGUCCUCGACACCUUCAUACGACUCUACGCCGCGCUCGUCGGUCGCACCAGCCGGUAGACGACCCACUCUCACGUCGCCUCAACGUCCGAUGAUGACGGUCACGGCUGCCACACAAGGCAGCCACAACAAUACCCCCGCGACCACCGAGGAGAAUGGCGUCUCGGAGACGACAACCGCGGUACGACGGCUUGCGACACGCAUGUCCACAGUGUCCAUUAACGCAUCUGAAUUCGGCGAAGAAAGGAGGCGGAUCAAAAGAAAUCAACGUGAAUCCGUCUCCUCCAAGAAUGACCAAUGCAUCGUAUUUUAA